GCAGUGCUCCACACGGACUCGUUGUAAUUAGGUUUACACUACGGUGAGAAUUUCAAUCUCCAGUCAGUCAUUCUCGCCGGUUUGGAAUAACUCCAUUUUCAGUCUUCAGUAAUCACUUGCUCUCCUUCUUCUUCGGUCUCGCACCGAUUAGGGUUUUUUAGAUCCGGCGUUUCAGACUGCGAAUAUGCUGAGAACGGCGGCGUAUUCGAGGUUAGGGCGGUCCUUGCAGAACGGAAAACGAGGUUUUUCUACAUCAACGUCGAAGAACGCCGGCGAUGAGAAGAUUUUAGCCUCCGUUCUCUUUGAGCGGCUCCCGGUUGUAGUUCCGAAGAUCGAUCCUGUUGUUUACGCUUUCCAAGAGUUCUCGUUCCGAUGGGGACAACAGUAUCGGCGGGAAUACCCAGAGUCUUUAUUGAAGAAAGCUGAUGCCAGGGGGAAAGGAGAUUAUCAAAUUGACUACACACCAGCUCCACGGGUAACAGAAGCAGAUAAAACUAACGAUAAAAGGUCAUUGCAGAGAGCACUUGACAAGAGACUCUAUCUUCUCAUUUAUGGCACUGCACACGGUUCUAAAGAUGAGAAGCCUGUCUGGCACUUCCCGGAGAAGGUUUAUGAGUCCGAACCGACAUUGCGCAAGUGUGCGGAGUCAGCCUUACAAUCAGUGAUUGGAGAUCUUUCCCAUACUUAUUUUGUUGGAAACGCUCCAAUGGGCCAUAUCAUUCUACAGCCUUCAGAGGAUAACCAGGUCAAUACAUCUCUGAAGCGAUUCUUCUUCAAGUCUCAAGUUAUUGCCACCAACAAGUUUGAUAUUGGUAGGUGCGAAGAUUAUGUUUGGGUGACGAAGGAUGAAUUGUUGGAAUAUUUUCCCGAGCAAGCUGAAUACCUAAACAAGAUGAUUAUCAACUGAUAUUCUUUGCUCUUCACUUUUUGGAGUUCUUUUACCAAUGUUGGACCAUGUCUUCAGAUUGAAACUGACUAGGUUUUCAUGGCCUGGAAUAUGCAGAUUGUUAAAACUGACUAGGUUUCAUUAGUCCUCGAGAGUUGUUGCCAGGUUCAAGAUUUUGUAGUUUGAUGAUUGAAUGUAAUAAUUCAUGGCGUAGAAAAAUGGGAGAAACCCUGUUCUCUCCAUUUCUCUGGGCGGUUUUGCGUUUACACUUGUUUUACGAGCAAACGGAAAUGAUGUAUAUGGUCAGGUAAGCUACUCAAUUUACAGUAAAGUUUUUUCGA